AUGCUUUCCAUUCCCAUAUGGAAUGUCUCUUCCAUAGGUUGGGCCUUAGUCUAUACAUCCAUAGGGAUCCUGGCAUGGUUAAUUUUGGGCAUUGUUUACAAUCUUCUGUUUCAUCCUCUCGCGCGAAAAUACCAAGGACCUCUUCUAGCACAGGCCAGUAUACUAUAUCAGGUUUACUUCGAACUCACUGGGCGAAUGCCACACAAAUUGGAAGAACUACAUCGAAAAUACGGCCGCAUUGUGAGAAUUGCGCCUAACGAAUUGUCUUUCGAUGACCCCACGGCAUGGCAGGAUAUCUACGGUAAGCUGAUACUCUGUUCUCAUUGGAGAAUGGGAACUAACAAUAGCCCAGGGAGAGGGAAAAAUACGACAUACAAUUCUAUGUCUAAAGAUCCGUCAUUCUACGGCCCUGGAGCGAAUGGUGUGCCUUCAAUCCUUGUGUGUAACGAUGAAGAACAUCAGCGGUUCCGAAAGCUUCUGAAUCAUGCCUUCACUUCCAGGGCAGUCAUGUCUCAGCAGGAAAUCCUCCAUCAUCAUGCAAGCAAGUUGAUAAACGGACUCCGUGAAAAGAGCCAACAAAAAGAUGCUAAAAUCAAUAUGUGUCUUUGGUUCGACUCGUUUGGUCUGGAUGUCAUCUCAGACCUGAUUUAUGGCCAAUCUUUUAAUUGUCUUCAUUCCAAAGGCAGCCCAACACGCGAGACGGAUAUGAUAGCCUCCUCUUUCAAAGCAAGCACUUGGUAUCGCGCCAUUCGAAGAAUGCCUGGACUGGUGCAGGUUAUCAUUAAGGCCAUGCUGCCUAAAGAAGUUGUCCGAAAGCGACAGAUAAGAAUGCAGUAUAGCAUUCAAAAAAUCCGUGAGCGAAUGCAGAGACCUUCUGAGCGUCCGGAUGUGUACCACUUCAUCAGUGGAUCUGGCGAUAGCAGCAAAAUGUCUGCCGAUGAGAUGGCCUCGUCGAUUUCUGUCCUCUUGGGAGCGGGGAGUGAGACAACGGCCACUACCCUGUGCGGCUGCAUAUACUUCCUCCUUCAAAGCCCCGGAGUGUUUCAACAGCUUCAAAGUGAGAUUGUCCAGCAGUUUCAGACAGAAGAGGAGAUUACCUGGAACAAACUCAAUUCUAUCCGUUUUCUCACUGCGGUCAUCGAUGAAACUAUGCGUCUAUAUCCUCCAACCCCCAGUACCCUUCAACGUCGUGUGCCUGCAGUGGGCGCUACUAUUGCAGGCAAAAGCAUCCCACCUGGUACAAUCGUUGGAGUGAACCACUAUGUCGCUCAUAGGUCACCAAGGCAUUUUGUCAAUGCUACCGAAUGGACACCGAAAAGAUGGCUGGGAGAUGAAGCCUUUGAAGCGGACGACAAGUCUGCCUUCAGGCCCUUUCUGCUUGGCCCAAGAAAUUACGCAGAGCUUCGCAUCAUCCUUGCGCGGCUGGUAUGGAACUUUGAUCUGAAGUUGGAAGAUAAAAGCGAGGAUUGGUUGACCCAAAAAGUAUUGACCUUUUGGUGCAGACCUGAAUUAAAGGUCAAGAUCACCCCCCGACAAAAUGCUUAG